GAUAAGCGGAUGUGAACAGUGACCAAUAACAAUUUCCACUUUGGCGUAUUGUAAUUUGUAUUGUUGUUAUUUAGACGUUUAUGAACACACUGGAACUCGACAUAUCACUACUUUAACUGCACAUCAUCACUUAAUCUAGUUCCCAAAUUUGUGUUGGAGAAAGGACUUGGUGGAUAGAUUUGAUCUAGGUAAGGCUAGCCUAGAUGCUAACGUUAGCUAACAAUGGCAAACUGCAUGGUUUUUCACACUCAAAUAGCCUCCGUCAUGGAGGUGCUGGCGAAUGCAGCCGUGGCAGACAUAUGUAAACUCGUAGACGACGACUAUGCAGUGUUUCGUUUGGAAAUAACUCAAAGCCAGAAAGAAAACAGGGCAUUGCGGAGGAAAUUACAGCUACUUGAACUGAAGGUGUCACGGGAGCGCGCAGAGAGGACAAUACGAGAGCGCGUCUUCGCCAGUCGUCCCAGAAGUGUCAACAUUCUUGACCGAUACAGAGGAAUGGCAAGAGGUGAAGGACAUCUCACUGGAGGUUACAGGAGCUUUGUGAAGCCAGCAGGACACAAAACAUGGAGAGAUGACCAACCAAUCACUGUUGAUGAGGGGAGUGGAACCUCAACCCAGCACAUUAUCAUGAUAGAGUCUGAAGAUGCAGAGGCUGCAGGUCCUGGGGUCAAGCAGGAGAUGACCAAAGGAGAGCAUCCACCACACAGCAGAGACAACCAGACUGGAGCGCCCCCUGUAGCCACAGAGGAACUCAACACUGCCACCACUCCCCACGCCAGGACCCAACACAGCAUCACGGAGGAGGAGGAGGGUCCUGAGGUGCUGCUGGUGAAGGAGGAGGGGUGUGAGGAGGGUCUGGGGAACCCUGAGGGGACCAUGGUCAUGGAGGACAACCAGACUACACCUCCUCCUGAACCCACAGAGGAACCAGCUGUGCAGCACAGGACCACACACAGCCUCACUGAGUCAGUAGACAUGGAGGAUGGGAAGCCUGAUCUGCUGCUAGUCAAAGAGGAGACGAUAGAAGACGAACCAGAGAGCAUUGACCUGCUGAGUGGUCUAAAGAUGGGGGAGCAAGUCAAUGAGGACCUGCUGAUAUCCAGUGUUGCUGCUGGGAGAGACUGGACCUGUGAAGCGGCUGAUCACAAACCCUGGCAACGGAUCACGACCCUGGAUCAGGAGCCAUUGUUCUUCCUUCCCGAGUCAGAACCAGGACCCAACUGCAAGGGACAGCGACUCCACCACCACACAGAACACAACCAGUGGACAGAACAAUCUCAUUCCUGGUUGUCAUCCGAGAGAUGUUGACUCCAGUCAGGGAUCAACUCUGCAGCCUGAAAACAUUGUUUUUAUGGGCAGAGGCAACUCAUUCCAUUCUGAGGCUCAAGUAUACAAGAAAGUACAUUUCCCACCAUUACUCCUAAACCUGUAUAAAAACCAAUAGCGUGCCGUGGUUCUGGGGCCUGGUCCUUCAGUGAAGUCCUACACAGUCCCACCCAAAUUAAUCCACCUCUUAUUACCAUCAUUAUGAUGCCAUGGCUCUAGACACUAUACAUUUAGACAGAAACGCAGUAUAACCAGGCGUUGCGUCACCUUGAAAUUGACAUUUUUAUUCAGAGAAUUGCAGGGGAAGAGUACAAUACCUUUUCAUUGUGCAGCUUUGUUGCCCUGCGCGCUUGUUCUUUGAGCUGUAGACCCACUCGGGUGUCCCCAAAAGUUUUCAAAAGCACCAUUGUUUGUAAGUGCCCAGCCGUACUUUGGUGUCUCGUUGCUGCCUUGGUUAGACAACUCAGGUUUGCAAAGCCAGUGUGGCUCCAAACACCAAAUCGAUCACUUGCAAAUAAUAGGCAUUCCCAGCAGUACAGUUUGCAGUGCUUCUCGGAGCCUGUCUUUGUAGCUUCGGCUUUGUAGCGUCGGCGUCUAGAUUUCAGUUUCCUAGUUCUGAGACCUGCCCAUAUAGGACCUGCCUCUCAAUAUUGGUAAUCCAAUCAAAAGACGUGCAGGCACUACGCCUGCUAGCUGGCUCCUGUGUAACACUGGAGCCAGCCAGCAGGCGUACAAUAGCCAACUCUAAAUCUGAUUGGUUGACACUAAAUUUUAAUUUCCAUUCACUUUAAGCUACAAGCGCCCACACUGUUGAUUCUGAAGGCCUGAGGGCAGAUUUUAGACCCCUGGCAACACAUGAUGGCUGAAUAUGAUUGGAUAAAAGAUCUAACAUAAAGACCAGCCCUCCAAAUCUCAACCUGGGGCUGGAAGCAGUGCAACCAAGAGGAACGCUAUGAAAUGAAGAGUGUAACUCUUGGGGAAUAAUUGAAUACAUAUUUGUGGGAAAAUAUAUUUAAAAAAAAAUGUAUAUUCUGAUGAUGUUUAGGCCAGCAGAGAAGGCCUUGCUGGCCCUGAUGGCCCACCACUGAUAAAAACACAUUAGCAACACCUGAUCUGGUGCUGUGAUUAUGUGCAUCCCUAAAACGGCGAAAGUAAUCAGUUAGAUAUCUGGGCGCAGAACCAUAUAUACUCCUGUAAACCAAACCUAGUCUCAUCUGGGACACCCUAGUGGAUGGCAGCCAACAGGCAGCCAGUUUAGUUCCAGAAAGCAGCUCCUGCCUAUGUGAGUACAUGGACUCACCUUCAAUACUACCCUGAUCAGCUUAUACUGGGCUAUCUGGAGCUUCCCCUUCAUAAGUUUAGAUAAGCCCCCAAACCAGGAAGUACUAGCGUAGUCAAAAUGGCAUUGAAUGAGGGCAGUGGCUAGCACUUACACGGAGGCCUUAUCAAGCAGCUUGGACUUUCUAGCCAAAAACGUAGUCCUGGCAUUUACCUUCCCUAGCACUUUAUUGGCCACCCUCUCACCUCCCAAACUUCCAUCUAGAAUGCAUCCCAGGUAGCUAACAGAGGUUUUAGUAGUCACCCCCUAACUCCACUCUGAUUUCAGAAAAUCUACUCAAUUUAGGUCUGGAUCCAAAAAUAAUUGCCUCAGUUUUCCCUAAGUGCAGAGAGAGCUUAUUAUCUCCAAGCCAUUUGCUAUUGUUAGUAAGCUCUGUGCUAAGUAUGCUCUCCAACAGAGUUUUACUUUUGUAUGACUCCAGAAGUGUAGUCAUUCGCAUAAAGGAAAAUAAUAUUUCAUAACGUUAAUAUACACUAAAAACAGUAGAAGCCCAAGCACGCGCCCCUGCGGAAUGCCACAACUCAUUCAUUUUGCCUGAGACAGUGAACCAUUAACCUCUACUACUUGCUCCCUACCUGAUAAAUAGGACUUUACCCAGCCUUGCGGGAUGCUGCAUUACCCCAGUGCCUCCAUUUCGAGAUUACUGUGUCAAAAGCCUUUUGUAGGUCAAGCAGUACCAUUCCACAGAGAUUUCCUUCAAUCUCUUUCCUGAUGAAGUCAGUCAAGUAAAGUAGACAUGAAUCGGUGGAGUAUGUUUUUCUAAAACCUGACUGAAAAUCAUACAUUAGACUAUGUUGACAUAUUCAUAAAUUUGCUCAUGUACAACUCUCUCCAGGAUCUUUGAUGUUACACUGGGGAUAGAUACAGGCCUAUAAUUCCCAUAUUCAGACGUUAUGCCCUUCUUAUACAGAGGUAUACCUUUAGCUUGUUUCAUAUCCCUGGGAAAGAUGCCUUGUUCAAGAGAGAGAUUAUAUAUGCCUAAUACAAGGGCCAAUUUGCUCAACAGAAUCUCUAAGAAACCUUGCAGGAAUAUUAUCCAGGCCUGUGGCUUUGGAGCAUUUAAGCUCUGCUAGCAUACUGACUAUUUUGGCUGUUGCUACCUUUGCAAAAGAGUUUGGCUGAACCCCUAACUCUGCAUAAUAAUUCUUGACUUGGUUGUUUCCAUGCUCGCCAGCUUGCCAGUCAGGAUGGGCGUUCAACACAAGGUGCCUAGCCUAUAACACAGCACACAAUCCCAACAACACCCAAGCAAUGGCAAGAGUUCAAGGAGGGAGCUCAAAGACUAACCACCUGAGAGUGGUGACUCCUGCUUCUACCUCCUCUGGUGUCAUUGGGUCACGACGUGGGAGGCUGAGGAUUAGGACAGACACAGACAAGCCGUACACCUGCUGCACGCGUUGAAGCGGUUCGUUAGGGCAAAAUAUUUGAAAGAACACCAGACCGUUCACAACAAGGAGAGGCUCUUCAAGUGCAAACUAUGAGCUUCACCUUCUUGACUAAC